AUCAUUCAAAAUGGCAGCGCCCUUGAGACUCGACUUGGUCUUGGCGUGUAAGAGAGUGAUCUUAUUUUCUCGUUUUAAUGUGAAAUCCUUAAGACAGCUGUCAACUUCGACGGUAUCUCGUAAGCCCGAGAAGAAUGUACCUUUCGACAAAGCACUUUUAGAAGUUCUCGUGUGCCCAAUCUCCAAACAAUCAUUGAGGUAUGAUGCUGAGAGCAAUGAACUCAUCAGCGAUGCCAUUAAUGUAGCAUACCCAAUCAGGAAUGGUAUCCCUAAUCUGAUCCCUACAGAUGGAAGGAUAUUGAAAGAUAACACAGAGAAAGGAUCACCGUCUGAUGAUGGCACUCCAGUAUGAGAGAAUCAAUCAAAGAGUGGUAUCCUGAAUCUGGUCCUUACAGAUGGAAGGAUAUUGAAAGAUAACACAGAGAAAGGAGCACUGUCUUGAGAUUGGACUCCAAAAGGACACAACCUUUGAACAUACUCAUGAAGCAAAUUAGCCCCGCAUUUUCAUAACAAAGACUAAAAUACCGGUACUGAUGCACAGAAUGAAUACUUUGAGGAAUUUUCAUUUGGGGAUGUAAAGGUGAUUUGACUUGCUGUCUUGUAUACUAGAUCAAAAUAAAUUGAGUCUGUUCUCAGUGUUACGGUAGUCAACUAGUCAUUCAGCAUAGGUAUUACAGGUACAGAACAAGUUUGGUAUGAAAGUAGAAAUAAUUUGUUACGUAAAUGCAAUAAAACUUGUUAACCAGGGUAUAUUGUGACAGUAGUGAGGAUGUCAAAUCAAAGUGACGAAAAUGAAGAACUUUGUAAGGAAUCGAGAUGAUAAAACAUCUCCAAAUGCUCAAGUAUUGUCUUUCUGCGAAAAGGUUAACUCAAUUCUGAUGAAGAAAAUUUGGGUGUUUCUCAAAUGCAAAUAAAUAAAAAGAAAUGUGUGUAGAUGUAAUUAUACCUCCCAGUCAGAUACAAAGUAAAACAAAACAAAUCAAAGGCAUUCAAAUUUACAACAUAUAUUUUUUUCAUCUGUAUUUAUUUAAAAAUUGACAAUCUCAGAUGUUGAGAUACAUUUUGCUGUACCAAUGUAUUUACAAAUGUACAAACAUAAG